AUGACGGUUCGCGUCAACGGAUUUCGCUUCGCAAUCACAGUGUCUCCCGACUGCUUCGUCAAUUUCCCCCGUGCACUUGAGCUUUUCGGUCAAAUCUUUGACAAGAUUACUGCUGGAGAAGACGAGGACCCUGAAGUAUGGACCUAUGGCGAGCAUGUUGCCGAUGUCUUUGUCCCAGCUUUCACAAGGCCGGCGCCUCCGAUGCCUCACACCACUGGCAAGUUGACGCUCGCCGACCUUGGAGUGCGAGACUCCUUUAAAUGCGAGUAUUGGGUCCUCGACGAGAAACCCGUCGCGGGUGCUGUUACACAACAUGUGUUGGAGGAUAUUCCACCGCCAGAAGAAUGGGACAUGCGCUCCCUCCAGUCCUGCUUCUCCAUUUUCGAUCCUGCAGACACCGACGUCCCGUAUAGUGAUGGGAGUUGCAUUCACGAUAUCAUUCCCCGACAAGUCUUCGUCAAGGACAAGGCCUUCUUCUAUCAAACGUGCUGGUCGCCUUACGAUGCGCUUGAUGAGGUUGAAAAAUACGCUCGCAUCCACGCCUCGGGCCUGUCGACACAGAUGAUAAUGCCGUCAUCGAUCUAG